GACGUACAUCCGUACACGCGGCUGGACUUAUGAACCGGGUCGUUGUGAAGGAGUGGCUUGUUGUUGUUCAGGGUUCCAGUAGUCCCGCAUCGAGCGCCAAGACCACCCCACAAAAAAGUUCGAGGAGGGAAAGAACGAUCGUUCAGCCGUCAGCACUCACCCUACCAACUUCGCACCAACGAUGAACGCAGAAGCAUAUCUGCGCAAGCAAGGAUGGCAAGGAUCCGGCCACUCCCUCGACGGUGAGGGUCGUGGCAUCAAGAAGCCACUCCUCAUCGCCCACAAGCAGGAUCAGCUCGGCCUCGGCAAGAAGAAGGCGGCCUACACGACAGACGAUCAGUGGUGGAUGCGCGCUUUCGACGACAGUCUGAAGAAUAUUGGAAGUGGUCAGGAGAGCACCCUCAGCCAGAUCCAGAAGAAGGGCAUCAAUCGUGGUGGCUUAUAUGGUUUCUUCGUGAAGGGAGAAUCGAUUGCCGGCACACUCGGAGACUCGGAAGAUAGCUCGACAGCACCCACCGACGCUUCAGCUGCGCCAUCUGGCACCAGCACGCCCGCCACCUCAGCCUCUGAUAGCGAGCCAGCCAACAAACCUAAGGACAAGAAGAACAAGCGCAAGCGGGAAGCCGAAAAAGGAGUCAGCGAGAGCAAGAAGUCGAAGAGCAAGAAGGAGAAUACAUCGACCGACAGAAAUGCAAAAAAGCUGGCGAAGAAGAUCGCGAAGCUCAGCGUCGACGAGAAGACAACGUACGAGGAGCGCGCAGCAGCUAAGGGCCAGACUCUCGAGAUGUAUGUUGCACGGCGCAUACAGAAGAAGAACGAUCAGCGCGCAACUCGAUGAUCGGUCCUUGCCCGCGUUCACGUCACCGUCAUUGCGCUCAACGUGGCCCACUCGUACGGCCAUCACGUCAACACCGAUUUGAGCGCACGCGAUCAUGGUACACAGGGACUCCACAGUGCGCACACCAAGCCCCUGAAGACGGACACGAGGAUCAACGGACAGAGACGCGAG